CCCCGUGCAGUACCCCAUCCUCAGGCACUGCCACCCCAUGUCCCCAGGUGCCCUGUCUCUACCUGAGGCUGAGAAUGGGAGCAGAUGUGGCUGAGCCACUAGCCUGGGGGAGUAGCAGACAGCCCCCCCCGGGAUUUCCACUGUGCUGCUGGAGCUGCCCAGGGACCCUCAGCUCCUGUUGUCUCCCUCCCGCAGGCAGCGUCUGGCCCACAAAGGGUUACGCAAGGCAGCACCCAGGAAUGUCACCGCUGCCACCAGCCCUGGCUCUCAGUUCCUUCCUGGUCACAUUCAGCCGCGGGGGACGAGCCACAACACGGUGGCUGCCAUGGAGGAGAUGCUGAUCUGGGAGCAGCACACGGUGACGCUGAGCAAGGACCCUCAUCGGGGCUUCGGUUUUGCCGUUUCGGGUGGCCGGGACCAUCCCAACAAGGUGACUGGGGACACGGCGGUCUUUGUCUCAGAUGUGGUGUCCAGGGGACCGGCGUUUGGCCAGCUUCAGAGGAGGGAUCAAAUUGUGAUGGUGAACGGCCUUUCCAUGGAGAAUGUCUCAUCCUCCUUCGCCAUCCAGACAAUUAAGUCCUGCGGCAAGAUCGCCAACAUUGUGAGUGUGCCCUGCAGUGGGACGGCUCUGUGCUUGUCCCUGUCCUGUCCGUGUGUCCCUGUGUCCCUCUGUCUGUUUGCAGGGUGCACGGUGGCUCUGGGCAAAGCUCCUGUUGCGGCACAUUUCUCCGCCACCUCAGAGUACCCAUGGUUUGUAUUCUGGGCUGGGAAAUCGCCUCAUCUGCAUCCCUUCUUUCUUUCUUUCCACUUGCAGACACUGAAAAGACAAAAGAAAAUCCACCUCCCCGCGAGCAAGAGCAGCCCCGCAUCCCCUGCUGUGACCCGGCGCUACGACUCAGACGAGGACUACGACCCUCGUGGGGAUCCGGCCCUGCGCAGCGCCAGCCAGCACCGCUCCCGAGAUGACCUGGACCACAACCAGGGCUACGAUGGAGACUCGUCCAGCGAGAGGAGCUCUGGUCAUCACCAGGACGACCGCCGCCACUGCAAGUCGUCCCGCAGCCGGAGGCGAAGCCAGGACAGCAGCCACUGGAGGCAGAGCCCUGACAGCGGCUCGGAGCACAGGGGUUACGGCCGGCACCGCUCCGCCAACGGCUUCGGCCCUGAAGGGGACACCAACGGGCUGGCGCUGGUGUCGGGGUUCAAACGGCUGCCGCGCCGGGAUGUGCCGACGAAACCCAUCACAUCAGUGCUGGUGAAGAAGAAGGAGGAUGAAGAGUACGGCCUGAAGCUGGGCAGCCAGCUCUUCAUCAAACACAUAGUGGAGAGCGGGCUGGCAGCGAGGCGCAGCUCCUUGCAGGAGGGAGACCUCAUCCUGAAGAUCAACGGGGUGGCCAGCAAGGACAUGUCCCUGGCUGACACCCAGCGGCUCAUUGAGCAGACGGAGGGGAUCCUGACCCUGCUCGUCCUCCGGGACCACCGGCAGUUCCUGAUCAACAUCCCCAGCAUGGAAGACUACCAGAGCGACAGCUCCCGGAUGGACGAUAUCUCCGACAUCGACUCUGACCUGUCCCACCCACCAUCCCCCAAGACCUCCCCACAACUUCCAGCUGCUGCCAGGAUGAAUUCACCAGGAGAGAGGAGACGAUCAAGCAGGAGUGCUGCAACCAACACAAACAUGGACGAUGCCCUGGGCCGUGACAUGCUGGAAGCUGUGGAACAGGAUGGCCACCACAGCCCCCGCAGCAGACCCAGUGCCCAAGCUGCCCCCAGGGACGGGUACGGUCCUGACUCCAGAGUUGUGCAGUUUGUGAAGGCCAGGAGCGUGGGGCUGCAGCUGGCUGGUGGGAACAACGUGGGCAUCUUCGUGUCGAGUGUGCAGGAGGGGAGCCCAGCCGACAGCCAGGACAUCGAGGAAGGGGACCAGAUCCUGCAGGUGAACAGCACCAGUUUCCAGAACCUGACCCGUGAGGAGGCAGUGCAGUGCCUCAUGAAGAUCCCGCCGGGGGAGGACGUCACUUUGUGGAUCCAGAGCAAGCAGGACAUUUACAGGAAGAUGAUCUCCUCCAACGUGCGCGACUCCUUCUACAUCCGGACGCAUUUUGACUAUGAGAAGGACACGCCGUCGGGGCUCAGCUUUGCCCGUGGGGACGUCUUCCAUGUGCUGGACACCAUGUACCGCGGCAGGCUGGGGCACUGGCUGGCUGUGCGCAUGGGCAGGGACCUGCAGGAGCAGGAAAAGGGCAUCAUCCCCAACCAGAGCAGGGCCGAGCAGUUUGCCAGCCUGGAGUCCGUGCUGAAAGCCACACCUGGCACCAACCCGCUGGGGGCACGGGCUGAGUUUUGGAAGCUGCGGGGCCUGCGGGGAGCCAAGAAGAUGUUGCGGAAGAGCCGUGAGGACCUGUCUGCUCUCACAAAGCAGGGCCACUACCCCCCAUAUGAGAGGGUGGUUCUGAAGGAAGCCAGUUUCAAGCGGCCGGUGGUGAUCCUGGGCCCCAUCACAGACAUUGCCAUGCAGAAACUGAGCAUGGAACAGCCCGAGCUCUUUGAGAUUGCACCGAGUGUGCCACGAGAUGGGGCGUCGUCUAAGGUCAUCAAGCUGGAUUCGGUGCGGCAGAUUGCUGAAAAGGACAAGCACGCACUGCUGGACAUCACGCCCUCGGCGGUGGAGCGCCUCAACUACGUGCAGUAUUACCCUGUGGUGGUGUUCUGCGAGCCCGAGAGCCGGCAGGGCAUCAAGGCCAUGCGCCAGUGGCUGGCACCUGACUCCAGGAAGAGCUCCCGGCGCCUCUACGCCCAGGCCAGCAAGAUGAAGAAAUACUGCAGCCACCUCUUCACGGCUACCAUCACCCUCAGCGGCAGCGGCAACUCCUGGUAUGAGGAGAUCAAGAGCAUCAUCAGGAAGCAGCAGAGCCAGCCCAUCUGGACGGCAGCAGAGCACGUGGACGCGGCGCUGGAGGACAGCCUGGAGCUGCUGAACCCUCCCAGCAGGGCGGCUUCGGGCUACCUGACCUGCGACAGCCACGCCAACAGCGACUACGAUGACACGGAUGGUGAGGGGGGCGCCUACACCGACGGCGAGGCGGAGGAUGCCUACGGCCAUCCUGCACUGUCCCGCUCCUCUGAGCCGGCGCAGACGUACCCCAGUCACGAUGUGACCGAGCAUCAGGGACAGUGGGCGCAGGAACACCUCAGGGAUUAUGAGCACGAGGCCAUGAGGAAGAGAUUCACACAAGCCAGGGAUGACUCAGAUGAGGACGAAGGCUACGAGUGGGGUCCAGCUACAGAUGUGUAGUGAGAUCGAUGUCUGUGCACGACCCCCGAGCAUCACUGUGUGUCUCUGCCCCACAGGGCCCCUCAGUCCUACCGCAGCUCCGUGCCACCAGGGCUGGGUGACAGCCCUGCAGUGCCACGCAACACCCCCAGCUGGGCGGGCUGUGCCUGCGCCACCAAGUGCCUCCUUCCCCUGCUUCAUCCACUGCCUCAGGAUGAAAUAAAGGGGACGUUUUGAGUAGGA